GAUGUCAGUCGCUACUAUAAGAGCGGAGUUUACAGAUGAAGUGGGUUAACGUCAUACAAGCCCGAGGAAAUGUUUUGUAAAUCAUUACUGCGAUGUGCUUUACCACAAAUCAGACACUCAAAGCUUGUGUCAAGAAGACAUUUCCAUAGGCGCGUCGGGCUGGUUGGUGUUCCGUUUUCGAAAGGGCAGACCCGCGGUGGAGUAGAUACUGCCCCUCAUGUAUUACGACAAGCAGGGUUGAUUGGGAACUUAAAUGAGCUGGGUUAUGAAGUUCGAGAUUAUGGGGACUUGAAAUUUGAGCAGUUCAGUGAUGAUCCGCCAGUCCACAACGUGAAAAACCCACGAUCAGUUGGGAAUGCUGUGAAGAAGAUAGCAGACACAGUGAGCAUGAUAAUAGAAAACAACGAGAUCUGUUUAACGAUUGGAGGAGACCACAGUAUGACAGUGGGAACAGUGAACGGACAUGCUGAGGCAGAGCCGGGUAUUGUCAUUGUGUGGAUCGAUGCACAUGCAGACCUAAACACACCCCUCUCCUCAGAUUCGGGCAACAUCCAUGGCAUGCCGCUGUCCUUUGUUGUGAAGGAGUGCCAGAGGUAUAUGCCCAAUGUGCCUGGCUUUGAUUGGGUCAAACCACGCAUCUGGGCCAGAGACAUUGCUUAUGUAGGUUUACGAGAUGUGGAUCCAGGGGAAAGGUGGUUGAUAGAACAGCUUGGCAUCUCAUUCUAUUCUAUUCAUGAAGUGGACAGAUACGGCAUUAGUGAAGUAUUGAGCAGAGCCUUGGAGGAAGUUGACCCCACCGGCAAGCGCCCCAUCCACCUGAGUUAUGACAUUGAUGCCUUGGACCCUGGUCUGGCCCCUAGCACAGGCACACCUGUGAUGGGAGGAUUGACGUUGAGGGAGGGUCUGUUCAUAGCCGAGGAAGUCGCUGCAACAGGUCGUCUGUCGGCCAUGGAUCUGGUGGAGGUGAACCCCGAUCUAGGUGAUGAGGCGCAGAAGAAGAGGACGAUAAGGACUGCUCUUGAGAUCAUUAAGCACUCAUUUGGCGAACGCCGCCAGGGUACCUACCCGCCUGGCUAUAGCCUGCCAGUGCCGGAGAAUAACUCUCCCUAACAAAGUUAGUCUGUGGACAGCAACCCUCCGUAACAUGCUACAUGUACUUACCUGUCUCCAGCCUGUCAAUCUUUCCCAGUGCCUUUAAUCAUAAAACUCCACUUGGAGGAGUUACAAGUCUGCUAGGAAAAUGUUGAUUCAGAACUACCACCCCUUACCACCAGAAGUUAAUAGUUAAUUGGAAAGAUUUUUAUUAUCUGUUAAGAGGCCACCUUCCACCCUUGCUCAGCCUGUAGACCCCAUUAAAUUUUGUUUGUUUUUGCUUUUUUUAUUUGUUUUUGUUAUGACAUGGAACUGUUUCAUAGUUGUCUGUGUUAACUCUAUGAAGAUAAACAUCACUACUGUAUAACGUUCUCUACCCUCAGACUCUAACAUUUGUUGCAGUCUCAUUUUUGUGACAACAAAGUCACUUGUGUACUCUUCCUAUAGGGUGACCAGUUGUACCUAUGAUUCAGCAAGUAGUGUGGAUGGCAGAGUAAGUGAGGAGUGAUGGAGCGGUUUUAAAGAAAGAUAUUCAGUAGUUUACAAGAUGAUGUCAGUUAAGAUUUAUUCAUUUAUUUAAAGACUAAGUUUUAUUCUCAGGGGAAAAAAACAAAAAUAAACACUAGUUCAUGAGUUUCUUUUCUUGCCGCAAUCAGAAGGAAAUAUCUGAGCAUGAUAUUGUGACAUCUUAGUUUUAUAUACAUUUUACCGUUUGUUAACAAUAAUAUAUUUGUGAAAAUGUAUUUGACUUAUUUUAAGAGAUCUCCAUGGCAGUGUUAGUCUCACAAGGCCUGUUUUGUGUACUUACAAUCACAUUAUUUAAUGUGCAGAAUAUCAAACAUGAAGUAUUAAGCAUACUUUUAACUGUGCUUUUUGCACAUAAAUGUAAAUAAGCCAUUAUUUAAGAUGCUGCAAGCUGUACCUGCUUCUUAUUAUUGCUAUUUCCAAGGUUAACACAAUUCUUUUGGAAAUUACAUGUUAUUUUAAGAAGUUAUUUUAACAUACCUGCUUUGGUACGACCAAAUCAAGCGAAAAGAUUUUAAUUGAUGUCACCAGCUAACGUUUCCA